AUGGUAGAAACAAAGAAUGCAGAGCUUGUUUUCAUUCCUAUUCCUGGAAUGGGUCACUUAGUACCAACUAUUGAGAUGGCUGAGCUUCUCACUGAUAGAGAUGAACGCCUCUCAAUCACUGUUCUCAUCAUGAAGUUUCCAAUCGAGUCAAAGAGCGACUCUUAUUCCCGGAAAUCCAAUUCACGCAUCCGUUUUAUAGAAUUUUCUCUUAACCAGCCUAUUGCCCCCAACAACUUUGUCCUCCAUUUCAUUGAAAGCCACAAGGAUCCAGUUAGAGAUGCUGUUGCGAAAAUGGUCCGUGAUGAGUCUAUUAGACUAGCUGGAUUUGUUAUAGACAUGUUCUGCACAACUAUGAUCGACAUCGCUAAUGAGUUUGGGGUCCCAACUUAUGUCUUCAAUACAGUUAGUGCAGCGAGGCUUGGGCUCAACUUCCAUAUGCAGAGUCUCAGCGACGAACAGAACCUGGACGUGACUGAGUACAAGGAUUCGGAUGCUGAGUUAUUGGUUCCAACAUAUAUAAAUCCGGUUCCUGGUAAAGUGUUUCCUUCUAGAUUCUUUGACGAGGAUGGUUUAACUAUGCUCCUCAGCAUGGCAAGAAGGUUUAGAGAGACCAAGGGAAUUCUGAUAAACACCUUCUUGGAUUUAGAAGCCUAUGCAUUGAAAUCCCUCUCUGAUGAUGAUAAGAUCCCUGCGGUCUACCCAAUAGGACCGAUACUUCAUGUUAAGGCGAAAAGUGACAAGAACAAAGAUUGUGAUAAGAUCAUGAAGUGGCUUGACGAACAACCUUUUUCGUCAGUCGUUUUUCUUUGCUUUGGAAGUAGGGGAUACUUUGACGGAGACAAGGUUAAAGAGAUUGCAAUUGCACUUGAACAGAGUGACCACCGGUUCUUGUGGUCGUUGAGAAAGCCUCCUCCUAAAGAUAGUCUCCAGGAUCCAUCAGAGUAUGAAAAUCCUGAAGAAGUACUGCCAGAAGGGUUCUUGCAACGCACUGCAGGAUUUGGAAAGGUGAUAGGAUGGGCGCCACAAGUAGCCGUCUUAUCUCACCCUUCGGUGGGAGGCUUCGUGUCGCAUUGUGGGUGGAACUCGACUUUGGAAAGUGUUUGGUGUGGAGUGCCAAUAGCAGCAUGGCCAAUGUAUGCCGAGCAGCAACUUAAUGCGUUCGAGUUGGUGAAGGACAUCGGAAUUGCUGUGGAGAUUAAGAUGGACUAUAGGAGAGGCAGUGAUGUGAUUGUGAAGGCUGAAGAAAUAGAGAAGGGAAUCAGGCUCCUAAUGGAGCCCGAGAGUGAAAUGAGGACUAAGAUGAAACAGUUGAAAAACAAGAGUAGAAUGGCUUUGAUGGAAGGUGGGUCAUCCUACGAUUUCUUGAGAUGUUUCAUUGACAAUGUUUUCGAUAAUAUUGCAUGA